AACAAAUUUGAAAUAACUUGAGGAUUAGAAAUAUAACGACAGUCAGUUGAGAAACAGUUGCUAAGCAGUUCAGUUGAUAAGGAAAGCUUGUGCUAGUGCUACUCAAAGAAAAUGUCGGUGAGCGAAAUUUUCCGGAGGUAUAAGGAAAUUGAGAAAAAGGAGCAAGACUCUACUAAUUUAGAGGAGUAUCCACCAGAGUUCUUAAUCAAACAUCCUCUCCAACACACAUGGACUUUAUGGUAUUACGAGCCUGACAAACAAAAAUCUUGGGAAGAAAGCCAAAGAGAAAUCACAAGCUUUGAUACCGCUGAAGAUUUUUGGAGUUUAUAUAAUCAUAUAAAAUCUGCAUCUGAAUUGAGACAAGGAUGCGAUUACAGUAUGUUCAAACAAGGUAUUCGUCCUAUGUGGGAAGAUGAAGCGAACAAACAAGGAGGAAGAUGGCUUAUGACAUUAGAUAAAAAACAGAGAAACUCUGAUCUUGAUCAUUUUUGGCUUGAAAUUUUGUUAUGUAUGAUUGGCGAAGCAUUUAACGAGCACUCUGACGACGUUUGCGGUGCAGUAGUUAACGUCCGACCUAAAGGCGAUAAAUUAGGAAUUUGGACUGCUGACGCUAACCGAUCAACGAGUGUCAUGGAAAUUGGAAGAAAACUUAAAGAAAGACUACGAAUCUCGCCGAAGCAAAUGAUUGGAUACCAAGUGCAUAAAGAUGUUAUGGUCAAAGCUGGAAGUAUAACUAAAAAUACUUAUCAAGUUUAGUUUUGAUUCAUUAACUUGUAUUGAAUUUACGUUCAUAUUUAACAAUUAAUUUAUAGCUUUAUACAAUUUUAUUCUUAAGUUUAAAAAAAUUUGUAACGAAAUGAUUACGGUGACAAAAAUUUAAGAUUUAAUAAUAGUUACUUUUGAAUGAUUGUUCUGUUAGAUUUAAUUUAAAAAAAUAAAAAUAAUCCAGUAGGUACUAAGCCUUUAAUAAAGUAAAAUAUUCUUUUGUUAUUACGGAUUUCUAUCAAGAAAUACAAAUAUAACUAACAAUGCAUAAAUUAAACAUAAUUAUUAAAGUAAUAUAGAUGUAAUUUAUAUAAAAUAAUAAGAUAAGGGUCAUGAUUUCUCGAUAAUAACAUGAGAUUUAUUUUAAAAUAAUAAGAUACUUGCCGGCUAUUGUAUCUAUUUGUUAAAAUACAAACGGUUGUUUCAUUUCUUAUGUAGUAAAAUUAUAAAGGUGUUUUCAUAAAUAAAUAAAAAUGUAUUCAUUUAA